AUGGCAUUGCCGCUCGAUGUGGAUACUUUGGUAUAUCGCUUGCAAAGCUUGGGUGCGCCAAAGGAGCUCAAUUACAUCGAGUACUUCGCAGGUGCCUUGGCUGCCCAAGGCUUUGCGUUACAAUACUCAGGCUGUGCAUGUUUGAAGCAAGCUAAAAUGAUCGAGGUGAUGCUUGUCUACCCGUUUGGCUGGUGGAUGGGCAUGUAUGGUGCUCCGACGCCGAAGCGUCACAAAGGAUUCUCGAACAGCAAGUGGGCUGCUGCGUUCAAUCUUGGCAAGCUGAAGGCCAAGGCUUUCCGGGCACAACAGGAUCCAGACCAAAAGUCGACAGUGCGGUACGAGGACAAGAACGGGAACAUGAGAUGGAAGGGGUCUAGCAAGCUCAAGUCAACACAGGUAUAUCCGGUGCGAUUUGGACAUCGAGCUGUGCGUCUGAUGCCACGUCUGAAAACCAGAGGGGAGGGAAUGCCCAAGCACCCACCAGGGCCCAAGGAAGGCCCAUUAAUCUUUGAACAAAUGGGGUGGGACAGUGAAGUUGAUUGGAGUGAUGCUCGAAUGACCCCUGUUCUUGUCUACUUGAGAGGCAACGCUUCACUGAAGCUACCCCAGAGAUGGCGAGAAGUGUUCCCGACACAUGUAUGA